AUGGCAGCCCUGACUGCAAGCUCAGAACCCAACGCCAGUCGGCCUCAACCACGCACGCGACCUUCCGCAACGGACUUCGCCCGUCAAGGAACCGCAUCACCAUCGAGCCCAAGGACUCCCACAGUAGGUCGCACCAUCUCAGGCAAAUUCAACAGCCCAGGCGCUUUCCGCGAGCAAGACGAUAUCGUCAUCUACGAACUAGGUGCCAGACACUUCUCGGCAGGAUUCGCAGGAGAGAGCAAGCCACGAUGCAUAAUACCAUUCACACCAGACGACUUGCGCAGAGUAGGAGACUUUCGACAGUAUGAUGCGGAGUAUGUACGGAAUCGGAGGAAAGCGGAUCUAGGGAAGGAGUGGGGAGAGGGCUACGUUCUGUACAAUCUCAAUCUGGCGGAACAAGACCUGGGCAUAGUGCAGGACAGGCUAGAGCGAGUGUUGCGGAAGAUCAUGGUGGAGCAUCUUCAGCUUGACACGAAGCCGCGAAAAGCCAUUCUCACUGCUCCUUCUAUGCUACCUACCCCCUUGGUAGAGACAGCGCUGCGGGUUCUGUUCGGCCACUUCACUCAGCCGCCUUCAAUCUCCCUUCUCACACAUCCAGCCAUGUGCUGCAUAGCUUCUGGCUUGCGACAUGCUCUUGUGAUCGACAUCGGCUGGGAAGAGACCGUGGUUACUGCAGUUGGAGAGUACAAGGAGGUUGCACAAAGGCGAAGCAUCAGAGCCGGUAGGCGUCUGACGCGUGAGAUGGGUAACGUACUCGAACAGGGCAUGCGUGCCCAGGGACUGGACAAUGCUCGCGUCACGUUCGCGGAGGCAGAAGAUAUUACACAGCGUGUGGCAUGGUGCCGGCCACGAGAGGAGUCUGUUGACGGUGAUGGACAUGAAAUCGAACUGCCUAUACCAGCGACAGAUCCACCUAGGCACUUCAUGCUCCCUUUUGAUAAACUGGCGGACCCUGCGGAGAAAGCUCUAUUUGCAUCGGAAAGUCCCAUUGACGACGAUCAUGAACUUCCGCUUCAAGUACUGGCAUUCCGCGUUCUGUUCUCUUUGCCACAAGAUUUUCGAGCUCUAUGUGAGAGUCGUGUCAUUCUCACGGGCGGCAUUAGCAACAUCCCGGGCCUCAAGCAGCGUCUACUGCAGGAGCUAGAGCACCUAAUCGAGACCCGCACUUGGAAUCCCAUCUCGAAUUACGGCAGUGCCAAACGGCCUCUUGGAGAGCGAUCAGUCAACCUUGGUUGGCCAAAGGUUCUGCAGGAGAAUCGUAAUGGAGUCGGCAAAGAAGGCAAAGAUUCUCCUCCCGUGCCGCUUUCACCAACCAAAAUGCCCCUUCAGGAAACCAUUCCGCACGCGGACAGGAAGCACGACGAUAUCAAGGAUCCCAUUACGAUCAAGGCGGAUUCUGAGAGCAGCAAGGGAAAAGAGAGACCAGUAUUUGGGACGAUGCGGGGUGUAGAAACACUCGGUCCUUGGGCAGGCGCCAGUCUGGUCGCAAGCCUGAGAGUAAAGAGCGUGCACGAGAUAGAAAGAGAAGACUUCUUCAGAAAUGGGCUGAGGAAUGGCGCCGCGGAUUUGUGA